AUGUCAAAGCGUCAAAGAGAAGAAGCCUCCAUUGCCUCUCUAAAGGCAAUCUUGGGCGAUCUUCCUGACGAUCUUUUGACUAGUUUAUUACAUCGUGCAAAUAACAACGUUGAAACAGCUAUCAACCUUUAUUUUGCCAAUCCAGAACCGCCACAGCAGCUAUUGACAACGUCAUCGAUCAGCCAUACUAAAAGCGAUCCGAGACAGUUUACCCGGUACUUCAUCGGUGAUGUAGUUGUUACAGCUUGGUCUUUGGUAAAGGGUAAUAGUCCAGUAAAAGAAGGUCAGAGAGUUGAAAUUGUACGUGAUAAAGUGGGUGGAAAAAAUGCCCAUAGAAUUGUUCGCUUUAAAGCUGACGGUAGAGAGAUUGGACGGCUUCCUAAAGAUACGGCAAACUAUAUUUCUGUUCUCCUCGAUCAACAACUAUGUCAAUUUGAAGGAUCAGUUGUUUGGUCACCAUAUACUUUAUCUAUUGGAGAGGAUGUGAUUCUCCUGAUAAAAUGUUACCUGCUACCGCUCGCCUUAAAUACCACAUCAUUCAUGUCAAAUACCAUCCCAUCAUCAAAGAAGAAGAGUAUUGUAAAAGGAUCUGAUGAUACUCCAGUUGUCAGAAAGGUUGCUCUGUUACAGAUGUUCAAGCAACUUGGAUUACGUCCAACUCGAUCUGCUAUUCAAAGAAUGAAUGUUGAUAGUGGAGGAACGGUUGAUCUAUUAUUACAAACCUUCUUAUCAAAGGAUGAGAGCAGCAGUAAGGCAAAUGAAGAAGAUGGACAAGAUGAGGAAGGGGAAGAGGAAAGAAAGGAGAUUACAGAUAAGCAAUUGGAUACUAUUUAUAGUAAAGCCCAGAUCUUUGACGCACAUAUCAAACCAAUGGAUACACCAACGACCAUGUCACUUGAGUUAAAGGAAUAUCAGAAAAGAGCAUUAGCUUGGAUGCACACAAAAGAAAUUGGAGAUUAUGAUGAGCGUGAAGCCAAUAUGAAAGCAAUGCAUCCUUUAUGGGAGGAAUAUGAACUACCAGGAGAAUUUGUAGACGAACACAGAUUCUUUUACUUUAAUCCUUAUAGUGGUGAAUUAAGCCUGGAAUUUCCUGAAUCAAGUACCAGUGAAAGGGGAGGCAUAUUAGCUGACGAAAUGGGUUUAGGAAAAACGAUUGAGAUAUUAAGCCUAAUCCAUACAAAUCGGUUCAAAGAAUUUUCUGUUGGAUACAACCGUGCAAAUAGGUUUAAGUCACCUACUACACUUGUUGUAUGCCCAAUGUCGUUGAUAGCACAAUGGCGGGAUGAAUUAUUGAGAGGAUCUAAGCGUGAUACAUUAUCUGUGGAAUUAUAUUACGGUGACGAUAGAAAGAGCACAUUAUCACAUUUGUGCCAAUGGGAUGGUGGAGCUCCUGAUGUUUUGAUAACGACUUAUGGUGUUAUCUUAUCAGAAUGGACUAGAUCACAGACCCCUAUUGCUGGAAAAUCCCAGCUAUUCACCAUCGACUUUUGGCGGGUAGUAAUUGAUGAAGCUCACCAUAUAAAGAAUCGGGCUGCAAAAAUUUCUCAAGCCUGUAGUGAAAUCAGAUCAUGUCGUCGCUGGGCUCUCACAGGCACGCCUAUUCAAAACAAACUUGAUGACUUGUAUUCACUUGUUCGUUAUUUACAUCAUGAACCUUGGGCGAAUCACACAUUUUGGAAAACGUUUAUUACUAUUCCUUUCGAAAAACAAGAUCCGCGAGCACUCUCGGCUGUUCAGACGGUUUUAGAGCCUAUAAUUUUGCGAAGAACAAAAGCAAUGCGUGAUUCAGCUGGUCGGCCGAUGGUACCUUUACCUCCUAAAACGAUCAAUAUUGAAUAUUUGACGUUUUCAAAGGAGGAACAAGACUUUUAUGAUUCAUUUUAUGAACAUUCUCGUACUCAAUUCUCGUAUUUUUGUGAAGCAGGAAAGAUCGGACAAAACUAUGCUUCUAUAUUCCAACUGUUAACUCGGCUUCGCCAGAUUUGCUGCCACCCGUAUUUAGUUUUACAUAGUAAUAAGGAGUUUUUGAAAGAGGGCUCCAGUGACAAAUUGACACUACAAGGACUUAUAGCUUCAAAAAAUGCUGAAAGCCAGAAUAUCUCAUCGUAUGAAAGUGGAAGCAGUUAUGAAGUAAAAGUAUUGCAAAAUAUGCUAGCUAUGCAAGAGUUAGGUUCUUCCUCGACCUCUGUGCAAAAUGAUGGCUCGCAACCGAGCGCACCUAUCAGUGACGAAUGUCCCAUAUGUUUCGAAGUAGUGGAUACCAUGAUUGGUACGCCAUGUAUGCAUUUUGCUUGUAGACCAUGCGUAAUGGAUUACUUUCAGAAACGAGAAAAUGAGGGUGCGCAGGGAGAAUGCCCAGUUUGCCGCCGACCAAUAUCACAGGCACAACUAUUAGAGUUUACACAACAAAAAACGCCUGAGGCCGAGGAACCGAGUAAUAAUAUCGAAAAUCAACAAUUUUCUGCUAUCUCUUCGUCAACAAAUACAAGUGGUACAAUCCGGUUUGAAAUCCAAAAAGCAGUUGGAGGAUUCAAACCGUCAUCAAAAAUGAAUGCUCUCUUCAAACAUCUACGGCAAUACAAUAAAGAAGGGUUGAAAACUGUCGUGUUUUCACAAUUCACUACUUUUCUGGACCUCAUUGAACAAGGCUUGAAACGUGAAUCAAUAAACUUCACUAGACUUGAUGGAACACAGACACAAGCACAACGUGAAAAAGUGCUUAAAAACUUUUCUAUGGCUGAAGACGGGGCUGAUGUACUCUUGAUCAGUUUAAGAGCAGGUGGAGUAGGGUUAAAUUUGACUUGUGCCAGUCGCAUCAUUAUGAUGGAUCCAUGGUGGAAUUUUGCAAUUGAAUCACAGGCUAUAGAUCGUGUUCAUCGUUUAGGGCAAUCUCAAGAAGUGGUUGUUACAAGGUUCAUAAUGCGAGACAGCGUUGAAGAAAGAAUUCUAGCGAUACAAGACAGAAAGCACAGUUUGACGAAUGAACUUUACGGAGCAAAGGAAAGCAAAAAUAGAAAGCUGGAAGAACUGCAAUUAUUAUUUAGCAAAAAUUUAUAA